CAACAGCUUAGAAGACAGGCUAGACUAAGGAGAGAGUAUAUCUAUCGCAAAUCGGUGGAAGAAAAGGAAAGAUCCACCUAUGAGCGAAAAAAGAAGUUGAAGAUAGCACUUGAAGGUUGGCUUAGAUAAUCCUUUGGUUUUUCUAUUGAUGCAGUUUACUUUAAAUAAAUUUGAUCAUUUUCAAGGAAGGUAAUGACUUCCGAUGUCCAAGAGGUGACUGUUCAUCGUCCUUUCGCAUUUCUUGAAGAACAGUGUCAUGAAAUGUGCUGUGUCCAAAUCCACCAUGUUGUAGUAUACAUUACCACAUGAGCGGAUGAAAUGCCUUUGCUUUGUCAACAGUGAGUUGACUGUAAAAAACUUUCCGCUGUAAACAGAUUCGGUAAGGUUUCCGUAUAACCCCAUAUAUUUAUAAUUCCUACAGGAAUAUAUCACAAAAAGAGUCAUUUGACUGGUCAAGGCAUUUGUCUUGUUUAACUUCUUUUUUAAUGUAGCAAAAGCCUGAAAGAGGUUCAAAGUAUUGCACUUGAGAGAUAUCUUUUCCGACGCCAGCUCGCAAAGUAAAGUAGUGGCAAACAAAAGUCUGUUUAUGCAGUUGAACCCCAUGUAAGGUGGUUUGUUAACAAGCUUCACAAUUUAUAGUGUUUUUAAUCUGUUUUAUUAGAGGGUAAGCCAAUUCCAACAGAGCUAAGGAAGGAUGAAGCAGAACUUAGAAAGGCUAUAGAGUUUGAUGAUGAGAAACAUGAGCGUAAGUAUAAUAAGCAGAAAAUUUAAUAGGUUCCUUACUCAGUCUUUUGUGAGGAGAGAGGGGGUAAGCACAUACCUUUCUUCUUGUGUGUUAGGGAAGUUUCUCAGUGCAAGCUUUAUCAAGCUAAUUAACUAAAUCGAGGGUUUAUCCUAGAGGAUUUCUGGAUGUUCUGUGAUUGUCCAGUUUUUGGAGAAAAAGCGAUUUUCUUUAACUUCUCAGUUAAUUUUGGCUCUUCAGUAUGCCCCCUUAUAACUUCCUGGAUGAAAACCCAAACGUACAGUAAUAGUCUCAGCCCGGUGCUGUCAGGCUGUCCAGGCCACUGUAAAGGCAAGACCUCUCAACUGAGACAAUCUCCUUUUUCCUUCUGUAGAGGUAGGAAACCAUCAAGAUGAUGAGUAUGCCUGGGCUGGAGUUCAAGACCCCAAAAUUAUGAUCACAACUUCUCAUAACCCGAGCUCAAGACUAAAACAGUUUGCCAAGGUAAACAAGUAUUAGUAAUACACAUGUUAAAUAUGUUUGAAUUUUUUUGACACUAUGUUAUCAUGAUUUUUUGCUUUUUUCCUAAGGAAUUACGGUUGAUAUUUCCCAACAGUCAGCGCUUAAACCGUGGUAACUAUGUGUUGAGUCAGUUGGUGCAAGCCUGCAGAGCCAAUGAAGUUACAGACUUGAUACUUGUUCAUGAACACAGAGGGGAACCUGGUAGGUUGACCAUCUGUAACUUGAUUCCUAAUCUUGAUAUUGGCUGAUCAAGAAGCUUGUCAACAUCUUGUCUUAAUUGGAAGGACAUAAAAAUUAUGCCUAACUAAGUAACUGCUCUAGUCAGAAAAACCAGAAAGAUUUUUGAGCUUACGGUCAUUUUGAUGGCCUAUAUAUUUGUAUGUACAAGUCAAAUUUACAGCUUUAAAAUGAUAGUCUUUGGUUUUUUAUCUGUUUGGUCAUUAUACGUAAUCACAGGUACGAUUUUGUUAGACAUUGUCCAAUGGCCAACUCAUUGUAGCAUUGGUCAAAAUUAUGUAGUGCAAAAAUAAAUUUUGUGUGUGGACUUCAUAAAAGGAGUUUUAGGUAUUUUAAUUAUAAUGCCCUUUAGUGUACUGUAGCAAAUUUAACUACCAGUAAAUGAUUGCAACUAAUUACAUCGUUUGUUGUUUCAACUCUCUUUAGAUGGUCUUGUAGUAUCUCAUCUUCCAUUUGGUCCGACGGCUUAUUUUACCUUGUCCAACACGGUAAUGAGGCAUGAUAUUCCUAACAUUGGCACUAUGUCUGAAGUAUAUCCUCACCUUAUAUUCCACAACUUCAAUUCAAAACUUGGAGAAAGGGUGAGAUUUUACAUGUGUAUAAGACACAUCACUUAAUGUUGACUUAAUUCAAUUUUUUGUUUUGCAGUAGCAGUACUUGCAUCUGUUACAAUUUUUAAAGGUUACACUUGUGUUACACAGUGCAAUAACUUUUUUAUUUUGUGUUUGCAAAUAGGUAAAAAGCAUUCUUAAAUAUUUAUAUCCAGUUCCUAAAGAAGACAGCAGAAGGGUGAUCACAUUUGCAAACCAAGAUGACUACAUUUCAUUUAGGUGAAGUAAAUGAAAUUGCCCCUUACAGUUGUGAUUUUCAUAACAGAUAGGCGUACAUUGUUGUACAUCAUGGCAGUUUGGAAAUCCCAGGCUUAUUAGUUACUGACUAAUUCUAACUUUUGAAUCUGUGGACAAAAUCCUACGGUGUAACCAUUCAAAUGAAAUCGUUUUGGCAAUACUUUCACAUGGUGCUAUUAGAACUGUCGAAUGGUAAUAUUCCAACUAAAAUCCUAUGAUGUUACUAUUAAUUUAAAUGGAACUGCUUUGGUAGAAAUUUUGUGUAGUGCCAAUUUUACAAAAUGUAAAAUUUUUUUCUUUUGUUGUCAUCAGGAGUAAAAAGGUUCCUAAUCAUUGUCAUUAAAAAUUAAUGGUGGAUUUUUUUCUUUUCAGACAUCACACAUACAAAAAGGUAGAUGGACAAGUGGAAUUAUCAGAAGUAGGACCAAGAUUUGAAAUGAAAGGUAUGUUAUAG